CGUAACUGCACACUCUUUCAUCACACACAAGAUUCUCCGUCCCCACUGCUUCUCCGUUCGCUCGCACGUUCCAUUCCCCCACCCACCACCGUCACAUCCCCGUCACCAAAUCCUCCGCCUCGCCCAAUCCGAUUCCUCCACGUCACCAUCUCACUUCCGUUACAUCAUCGGAGAGUGGUCCGUCACUAUCAUUACCUCACCGCCACUCCAUUAAAUCAAAAUCUCUAUCCCUUAGCGCAUUUCGAUCGCCGACCGACGUUCCGGCGAACUCGCCGGCCAUAGUCUCUCCGUGCGCAGUUCCAGCAUUGCGAGUUUGCGAUUCGAGUGGAGAGAGAGAGAGAGAGAGAGAUGGGGAUUGAUUACUAUAAGGUACUGAAAGUAUCGAAAAGCGCGAGCGAAGAGGACCUGAGGAGAUCGUACAAGCGGCUGGCGAUGAAGUGGCAUCCGGAUAAGAACAACGAGAACAUGCAGGAAGCGGAGGCGAAAUUCAAGCAGAUUUCGGAGGCUUACGAUGUGCUCAGCGACUCGCAGAAGCGGCGGAUCUACGAUUUGCACGGCGAGAAGGCGUUGAAGUCCGGCCAAUUCGAUCAUCCUGCGUCUCCGACUAGGACGAGCAGCGGCAGAGCUGGAAGAGCGUUUAACUAUACUCCGCGUGAUGCGGAGGAUAUAUUUGCGGAGAUUUUUGGUGGAUCGGAUGCAGGAUAUAAAGGCAGUCCUGUUAGCUGUGGUGCUAGAGGAACGCCGAGGAAGGCGGCAGCGGUGGAGAACCAGUUGCCUUGUAGCUUGGAGGAGCUCUACAAUGGCUCCACGAGGAAGAUGCAGAUUUCUAGGAUCGUCCUUGACGACACAGGUAAGCCCACGACAGUGGAAGAGGUGUUGGCAAUUGAGAUCAAAUGUGGUUGGAAGAAAGGAACCAAGAUUACAUUUCCUGAGAAAGGGGACUACAAAUUUGGAGCUGCACCGGGAGACCUGAUUUUUGUUGUAGACGAGAAGCCCCAUCCUGUAUUCAAGAGACAUGGCAAUGAUCUUGUUGUCCACAACAGAAUUUCCUUGCUGGAUGCUCUGACAGGGAAGACGAUCAAAUUGACAACUUUGGACGGGAGAGAUCUUGCAGUGCCAAUUAGGAAUGUUGUGAAGCCAGGACAGGAACAUGUAAUCCCAAAUGAAGGAAUGCCAAUAUCAAAGGAACCAGGCAAGAAAGGGAAUUUGAGGAUCAAGUUUGAUAUCAAAUUCCCUUCAAGGCUCAGUGCAGAUCAGAAAUCUGAUCUGAAAAGGAUUCUGGGCAGGCCUGCUGAAUAAAGAAUGCAAAUUGGUUUUUAUCACUUACCCAGAAAGGGGAUUCGCAAUGUCAAUGUAAAUAUUUGCGUGUAUAGAUCCUCCGGCCUUGCAGUUGUAUUAGUAUGCCACUUACCAAUUGUUCUAAAUUGGUGAGUUUAUACAAGAAAGAAAAUUUGUGCAUAGUAGAAAGUAGUAGUAGACCAGCUGCUACAUUUCAUUAUGGUUGUGGAUGUGUAGACCAAGCUAAGUGUGAUGCAAUCAAGAAAACAUAAUUUUGGAGACAUUUGUGUGGCUCCUAGUCUGAAAUUUUGUGUUUACUAGACCAUUUGUCUCAUAACUUAUGUUACGAAGUAAUAGAUUGAUUUGUUUGUUCGUUUA